UUCUGUGUGUGUGUGUGUGUGUGUGUGUGAUGCCAUCAUCCUCAGCAGAACCUCCCAUCAUGGCGGAGGAGGAGCGCGUGUCGCACCCCGGCUUCAUCCCCGCGCGCUACUCGGCUCUCCUCAUCAUCAGCGCGACUCCGGAGAGGAACAUCUGGGACUUUAUCGCCUCAGAGAUACACAGAGGGUUGCGGGUGUGGGAUGUGGAUCUGACGGUGUGUAAUUUGGAUGAAGAGCUAAGAGUGUUUGUGAGUCGUCACUCCUCUCAGAGAUGCAGUGAUGUUAAAGGUCAGCGGAUAUUGGAGCUCAGUACGAGUGUGUUUAGCUGCAGAGUUGUCUUCAGUCCCUCAGAGGAAACUCUCUACUCUCAGAUAUAUGGCCUGAUAACGGACACGUCUCAGCACAAGCUGCUCGUGCUGACUGGACGCUCCCUGGAGGACAGCGGGGACCUCGUCUUACACACCGGACAUUUCACUCCAAACCACUUCAUUCAGAUCUUAACAGACGAAGAGAUUCAACAUCAACUGAACUCUGCGAGUGUGACAGGAAAAGCAACCCUCACCCUUAGCUGCCCGAAGACUGGAACAUGGAAGAAUUCCAUACUCGGAAAACACAAUUUACAAGAUGUAAUAGACAUUAAGGUGAACCCUUUAAUGGUGCUGCCAAAAAUGGAUGGCCUUCAGGAGUUCACCAAUCAUCUCUGCGAGAACAUUGAGCCACCAUCGCCUUUUGAUCUACUAGAACCCCCAAGCACAGUGGGGUUCCUCAAACUCUGUCGUCCCUGCUGCUACAUAUUUCCAGGCGGGAGAGGGGACUGCGCCUUUUUCGCCGUCAACGGAUUCAACGUCCUGGUCAAUGGUGGAUCGGAUCCACGGUCUUGUUUCUGGAAGUUAGUCAGGCAUCUGGACCGUGUAGAUUCUGUUCUUCUAUCUCACGCUGGGACUGAUAAUCUUCCAGGGAUUAAUAGUCUUUUUGCAAGAAAGGUUGCAGAGCUCGAGGAAGAUAAUUCCUCUGACUCAGAGAAGAAGGAAAAAUGGCAAAAAAAUCUGAUCUCUCCAGAGUUGGGCGUCGUUUUCUUUAAUGCACCAAAAAGGCUGAAAAAAAUUCAAGGUGAUCCAAACGUGCUGCGAAGUAGUGAUCAAGCAGGCUUUACUUUACGUCAUUUGGAGAAGCUCAAGAUCUCAGCAGAACCACUAUUUCGCAAUUCGAGCGGUCCCAUAGAACCAGUGAUUCUGUUUCAGAAAAUGGGAGUCGGAUGUCUUGAGCUGUUUGUCAUUAACCCGGUUAAAGGCAGCAAAGAGUUUGAGGACUUCAUGAACCGCUGGCCUGAAAACAGUACCAGUCCCAAAGGUUCGGAAGUUCCCUUAAGUUCUCUGGUGUCUAUUUGCACUUUACUUGUAUGGCAUCCUGCUAGCCCACAUGAAAAGAUCAUUCGAGUCCUUUUCCCUGGGUCGACGCCACAAACAAAGAUACUGGAAGGUCUUGAAAAGCUGAAGCACCUAGAUUUUCUCAAGUGCCCUGUAGUGUGCUCCAAAGAUAUCGAACCAAAGGCAGAAAAGAACCCAAAACGAGCUGAGAGCCAAGAUAGCCUCAAGUCUGGCAUCAAAGAAUCCAGGUCAAGCAGUGCCACAACAAAGGAGAAAUCAGUCCGUGGGUAUCCAGAGCCAAAAGACCAGGUCAAGGUCAAGUCUAUGAAUGGUGAAGAAAAACCGAAGACUGUUGAAAUUGGUGUUAAGCCUAAACUGAACAAAACCAUUGCAAGGAAGGAGUCUUUUAAAGCCAACAAAAAAGAUGACAGGAGUACCAUGACAGUGUCAAAAAAACAGGAAAUCGGACAGAGGAAAAUGUCAGGCAAAAAGGAUUCCCCUUUGAACAAACAGAAGAACGAUGAAAAGACUGAAGAAAGAAAAAACAAUUUGAUGGGAAAAGAGGCCAAGAAACUGGCUCCAAGGUCUGCAUCCCCUUCUGCAGACCCAAAUAAAUCUGCAAGUGCAAAGAAAAAUGAAAUGAAAGUAAACAACGGGACAGAGGACAGAGUAAAAAGCAAUAAAUCUAACAAGGAGCAGCAAAACCAGAAGCUCUCAGGUGAUGUGGGGGAUCCAAAACCCUCAGAGAUCUCUUCACCUGAGGAUUUGACAGCAGAGUUUCUGGAAAUGGAGAAAGAGCAGUCACAUGAAUUGUCUGCUAAAAUUCCUGACAUCCCAUCAAGGAAGGAAUCAGGAAGUGAGGACGAUCCAAAAAACAUCCAUGUGAGUCCAGAGAAGUCUUUAGAUGACAUACUGAAUCCUGUCAAGUCCACUGAGGCUUCGGGAAUUGUCAAGACUCCAAAGAGUGAGCACAGUGUAAAUAUGGACCUUACACCCACUGAGUUUAACUGGCUUGAUGGAGCUUUGAAGGACAAUCCACCCAAAAGUGUCCAGGACGAAGUCUGCAUUAGCCCAGAUGAGAAGACCUUGGAGUUGAGUCCUCCAAGAUCUGGUCCAAACAGUGCUGGUCAUACACCAUAUCACCUUUCCCCUGAGGAAACUUGGGCCUCCAGAGACCGCAGCAGCUUAGUAGCUAAGAUGUGCUUGGGAUCAGACAGCCAGCAAGGAGGAUCGUGUAAGACUUCAGAGACUGGAUGUCCCAAAAGUACUCAAGAGAGCAACUCCAGUUCUUCUAAAGAGAAACACUCCAGUUUCCUGUCUCUGAGCUCUUCCAAGGACAUUAUGCCUGAUAUAUCACCCACAGUGACCACCACCACCCACUCAUUGCCUGCCGAAGUUAGCUCACCACAAUCCACUGAGGUUGACGAGUCUUUAUCGAUGUCCUUUGAGCAGGUGCUUCCUACGGUCAGUGAAUCCACAAAUGAGGAUGAGAUGUCCUACUCUAAUGGACACUAUGCAGAUCCUGACUUCAAAGUAGGCAUGUCUUUGUCUUUAAAGAUGGCACAUACAAAGAGGGUGAUGAACGAUGCCUCGGAUGGACGUCCUUCUGGACCACAGAGUCUGAUGUUUGAUGCUCCUAAUGAUGUCGACCUUUGUUUGGUUUCUCCCUGCGAAUUUAAACAUUUUAAACAUCUAGAGAAAGAUCAGCACACCCUUUCACCAGGACUUAUGGCUACCAGCCCACAUGACUUCUCAGAUGACAGCGAUCACUCCCAGGAAGUGGUGAAGCCCCUGCACCAGGCAUUUUUCAGCAACAAGGCCACUCACCCAGCCCAGGAAACUCCUCUCACCUCUGCUAGCGACUACUUCCCCACUGGCUCGGAUUCCGACCCUCAACCCGGUCUGGAGGAAUGCCCUUCUAUCACUGCAGACGGUGCGUUAGAUUCUGAUGAGGAAGCGGGUGUACACUGCUCCUCUGAGAACUUGAACCUGAAUAAUUCACCACUUCAGGAUCCUCUUCCUGUUCCUCUCAAAGAUAUCCCUCCUCUUCCUGCCCAGCCUGGGGCCUGCAUGCCUGAUCCUGGGAAACUCGGUAAAACAGGUUCAAAGAACAGGAAGCUGACUGUGGUUACACAGAGGCUAAGUGCAUCUAGCACUUCGGCACAAGCUAGCAAGAGCAGAACAGGGAGUCAGACUGGAUCGGUUGGGAGUCUGAGGUCAAAUUCUACUGCAGACACUCCAGUUUCACGUUCCUCCCAUUCUGGUGCAAAAAGACCAACCACCACAGCAGGUAUCAAGGGCAUCACCUCUGUGUAUUUGGACCUGGCGUACCUCCCAUCUGGAAAUGCAGCAUCCACUAUUGAUGUUGAAUUCUUCUGCCGUUUGCGAUCAUCCUGUUACAUUAUAAGUGGAGAUGACACUUUGAAAGAAGACAUGAUGAGACCCAUUCUGGAUGCUUUGCUAGACGGAAAGUCUGUUUGGCCUGAAGAUGUGCCGGUGACGUUAAUCCCCACAUUUGAGUCGAUGAUGAUGCACGAGUGGUACCAUCAGACCCAGGAGAAGCAGCAGCAGCUGGGCAUCACAGUACUGGGUAGCAACAGCACAGUGGCCAUGCAGGAGGAGACGUUCCCUGCCUGUAAAGUGGAGUUCUGACACACGGUGAUGAAAUAACAGGAAGAGUGGGCGGGGGCUAAACACAACAUUUAAUUUUAAAUAAUGUUUAAAAAAAUCGGCAUAGUGUAGUGUAUUUGAUGGUAUAACACACACUAACACAUACUAACACACAUUCACACUAACACACCUUGUUAAGGGGGUGUUAAUGAGCUGAUCAGGUUCUAACAAACACUAAUGUACGCUAUUACACUAACCACUAUCCAGUCUUAUUAGAAUUUAUCCUGUGGGUUCUAGGUGGUUCUAGGUUUAGCUGACAUUCUAGUGAGUACACUAAGUAGGAAUGAGUUCUAGGGUUUGGGACAGAGCCCUAAAAUAGCUGUUGUUUUAUUAAGUACACUAAGUAGGGAUGAGUUCUAGAAUUUUGGAUGGAGCCUUAAAACUAUGGAAGUUAUAAUCAGGAAUAUUAUAGUUAAUUCCUGACGUAGAACCAGGAAGUAGAACACAGGAAACAGGAGGUUUUUGACAUUUCAUUAUCACACAUUGCUGUGUAUUUCACAUUUACACAUUUAAUCUACAUUUGAAUCCUUUCAUUGAUGUAAUAAACACCUGCAGCGUGUGUAACAGUGUGUUCUUGCAUGUGGUUCCGGUUUGUUUGUUUAAGAUUUUUUAAAAAUCGCACAAGUAUAAUUCAGUUUAAGAAGCCAAAGUGUGGAAAUAGCUGUAGACUGGAAGGACACGCAUGUGUGAGAGGAACCUAGAAAUAAGGACAUUCUGAUGAAGAAUAUUAUUAAUAUUAUUAUAUAGUAAAUAAAGAAUUAAUCUUCCGGAUGCAGAUUGAAAAAGGCUCCAAUCAUGAAGUUAGUGUAAACAGGUUCUCAUUUCUCCUUUUAGAUAAUAAAAAAACAGCUAAUUACAUCUCUGAUUUUCCAAAAAAUCCAUAAAGCACACAUUAGUGAAGCUAGCUGUGUAUAUUUGCUGUGAAAUGUCAUGAUUAGGAGUGAAUAAAUGAUUACUGACUUAAUAAAUGAUAUUGUAUUUAAACCGCUAGCAGUCUGUUACCUGUGUGCUGUGCGGAGUUAAAGUUCAUUACUUCCCCAUGGCAAAAAUUUAUUCCUCUAAAUAGAAUAAUUGUGUUCAUCAUCUAAAACAUUUUCUUUUCUUUUUUUUUCACUUGCUCCUGAUGUUUUAUUGUGCUGCUCAUGUUAUCUGAACAUUCUGCACAGUUCAGAGACAUGUCCUGCUCUAACACACCUUGUUACACUUGGGCCGCUUUAAUAUAUUAUAGAAAAAUACGCCAUAUUGUCAUUCACCCUGUUUUUGUUUUUUUUAGUUAGCUGACCACUUUGUAUCUAACAUUAAUAAUAAUUCAUUUACAUUUAGCUAACUCACACUUACGCCACGUCUCCAUGUGCACAUUCAGUCAAGCUAAACUUUAUGCAAAUGAGUCACGUUGUGUCUAGCCAAUCAGACUUUUAAAUUUCACUUCUAAACUUCAUACCAUAUCAUACAAUACAACAUGAUUAAAUCCGUCAUGAAUUUAUUAUAUUAUUUGGAAUUAUUUGAAAGAAAACACCAGAUUACUAGUUAGCAUGCUAGUCAGAUUGCAUAAACUAAUGUUAUCUAGCUAAUACCGUGGUUUUACUGUUGUUGUUUUUUUUGGCAUAUUUAACAUUAAACAGAUGAUCUGCUCUUCUCUGUUUACCUCCCUAAAGAAAUGUUCAAUACUCUCCCAUUUUGUUUACCAUAACAAUCUAUCACAUCUAUGUGAGCUGAGGUACAUUUUGCUAGUCAGUCUGUUUUUUAGCUAGCUGGAUCAGGUUAGCCGACUAGUUCUUUUAACUUAAGGUCUAAAUGUAGACUUUUUAACACUAAAAUGACCAAUAUCACUAUAAAAUUAUAAACCCAUGGUUAGAAUUGUGUAGCUAAAUAACACGUAAUACAUGGAUAUAUAACAUUUAACAAUGUGUUAGAGCAGGACUCUUGAAGCACUUGGAAAUACUGAAAUUUGGAAAAAAAUUAAAGAUUUAUAAUCAGGUCCUGAGUGUUUGUGAUGUAAUGCUGCUGCUGUGUGUUUAACUGUGUGCUGUAACUUUCUCCUGCUGAAACACAGGAUUUUAUUUGGAAAGAAACUCCACAUGGGCACGAGACGAGAGGAAUGUGUGUAAUAUAAAACAGAAAAGUGCGUUAUACUGAUUUGUUAUUAAAAUACAAAUUUAAAAUGGUUUUGAGUGGUGUCACAUCCUGUUCUCUCACCUCAUGUGUCUGAGUUAUUAAAGGAAAUGAAAAAAUGUUCUGUCUGUCGACAAGAUGUUUGGGUUUUGUUUUUUUUUUAAAGAAAAAUGCAUUUUGCUCAGAAGGUCUGAAUGUAGAAUUAAUGAAGAAACCUGUAAUCUGCAACAAUUUCUAAAAGAUUUACUACAGAUUUAGUGGCUAAUAAAAAUAUUGUUUCUCCGCUGGC